AGCGUCUGUUGCUCUCGUCUUGGGCACGAUGUUCUUUCUCUGCUCGUAGCAUCUGUUUACAAGGCGGCUGCCUUGCCAUAAUAUACAACCUUAGUCACUGGCUCGACAUAAAACACUACAUUCGUCCUUCGCUAUUGCGGUUUUACUGUAUAUUUUUAAAAAUAUAAUUCUGUAUCACGGAGUUUUCGUUAUACCGCGGGAUUUUGCGGUAUAUAGGCAUUUACACAAUAUUUAUAAUUUUAAUUAUUUUUGCCUAAAAAUUUAACACAAUAUAAAAUUGUUAAUUCAAGCAUAUAAAAAGAAUAUUAAAUCGAAAUAAAAUACAGUAUUACAGCGGAUGAAUACCUUACUGUACAAUAUGAAAAUGCAGUACUAUCGCAUGCGCAAGUUUUCCAACGUGAGAUUAAUAAUAAGAGUGGAAAAGGUUUAAAGGAGUGUGAGAAGGGCAUAAAAAGCUUUAAAAAUAUAUAUAUAACGCCGCUACAUCGCGGAUGUUGACCUCUCGCGUGGGUCUCUGGAACGUAACCCCGCGAUAGGUAAGGGAGCGCAAGUCCCCCCACCCCUCACAAGAAAACGAAAGUUCGGGUUUUGUAACAUUCUAAUCAUGACAAGGAAGCACGCAGGCAUGCGUUGACUUGAAAUGGAGGUGAGGCUCGCUAAAUUCACCGCAGAUGCAAGUCAGUGUAUCCAAUCAGUCCAGAAUGAUAAGUCAUUUUCAGACUUUAAUCUUGAGACUAAUGUCUUGAAGUUCACAUAUAGAUCCCCACAGUCAGGAGGUACCUGCAAAAUUUCUAUGUUUGCUUCAGAUGAUUAUCCAGAAAACUCCUUGAUCACUCAGCUAUGGGAGGCUACAGGCAAAGAAAUAAGCUGCUAUUGCCAUGUUUCUGUCUCCAGCCUUCUUGAGAAAUUAGGCAAUGAUACAGCUCUACAAGUGUUGGAAGAGCAGAUGAAAUUGGACAAUCAGUUACCUGCAGUUGCUUCUGCUCUUCCUGAUAGUGGUACAGUGAGCUCACUUGGUUCCUCAGAUUCAGUGAUGAACAGUCAGUCCAGUAGCGACCUAUCUGAUCAUUCAUUAGAUGAUUUUUCUGAGGAGCUAUACUACUUUGAUGAUGACAGCCUUGAAACAGAGACUAGAAUAAGUGAAACUGGUGAAUCAACAUUGCAUCCACUUCUGCUAAGAGACAUGCAGAUGAUGCGGGAUCUUUUUUCCGACACCAGCAUAUCUUACAGGUUCCUGAGUUACCUAGGAGAAGUUGAUGUGGACAUGUUUCUUCCUCUUAACUUUCCUAAUUGGACAUAUCAAACAUCCAAAGCGUGGCGCAUAAAUCUUGAGGAGCCACUUGUCAUUCGGAUCAAUAUAUCAUCACGAUCCUACCUUGAUAGCCCAGACUUUCCUAAAAUUGAUGUGUUCCAAAAGUCAUCCUCUGGGGAAACAUGUGGCAUUGCACGACAGGUGAAGAGCAUUCUACAACAGUUUGUUCAUUCUAAAUGGAAAAAACUGCACAACAACAGUCUACAGGCAGCUACUGUGCGGUCACACAGUGUGCCUACAGAUCUCACCACCUUAUCCACAUGCAGAGUCAACCAAAAGGCCAUGUGUGAAGCUUCUGGUAUUCACCGUGUGCAGUCAGGCACUAGUAAUUCUUUCUUUGAGGAGAGAGCAGCACAGGAUGAAUGUAAUGACCAUGAGAAGGCACCUAGUUUAGAAUAUGGCUUUCUGGUCAUGCUUUACCAGUAUGCCAGGCAAAGAACAUCAACAUUGAACGAGUACUGUGUUGUGUGCGAUGAGCCUCAUAUUUUUCAAAAUGGAGCUAUGUUGAAGCCUGCUGUGUGCUCACGUGCACUGUGCGUGUUCGCGUACCAGACUCUGGGGUUGAUGGCAGAUGCUGCCUGUGACAUAGCAACAGGAGCAGAGGUUGUUGACCUCUUAAUUGCCCUGACAAAGGCAGCAUGUAGGUCUUCAAGAAGGGCAGUCAUUUUUGAGCCCUUUCCUGAUGUUGUCGACCCUAAAAAUCCAAAGGAGCUGGUCUUUUCUGCAAAGAAUAAAGAUUAUGCUCGUUUGGAACAAGUUCUUAAAAAGAUGCCUCAUAUGAAAGAACUGACAAUGGCCACUGCCAAGGACCUGCAGAUGAAGAUGGAUAAAGUUGACAUCCUCCUUUUUCCUCUUCUAACCUGGAUCAUUUCUAGUAAUAGGUCACACAUUGUCAAGCUACCAUCUGAUAAAUUAAUCACCUUCAUGAUCACACCACAUCAGUUCUUGUUGCUAAGUAGUCCGCCAGCCAAGGAAGUGGCCUUCCAGGCUGCUAAAGAGAAAUAUGGCAGCACAUUCGCCUUUCAUGGCUCAAGUAUCGAAAACUGGCAUUCCAUCAUCCGAAAUGGUCUUGUGGUGGCUAGUAAUACACCAAAGCAGGUCAAUGGUGCAGCUCAUGGCAAGGGUAUCUACCUCAGCCCUUUAAGUCACUUGUCCUUCAGCUACUCACUGAUGGGACAUGGCACCCACAAACUAAAUAAAAGUCAAACAGAGAAACAGGAUAUCCCAUGCAGGUUCCUUGAAAGUGACAAUCUUAACUGCAUUGCUUUGUGUGAAGUGAUUCAAUCUCCCAGUCUGAGGAAGAUUUCUGAUGUUUGGGUGUGUUCAGACAGUGACCAUGUUUGCACCCGCUUCCUUUUUGUGUAUGAAAAUGGACAAGUGGGGGUCAAUGUUGAUAUGGCUAAUGAAGCUAACACACUUGAAGCAGAACAAGUGCUGUCUUAUGUCACACAUUCUUAUUAAUGCAAUAGAGAAUAUUAAGGUGCAGUUCUUUCACAAAGACUUUGCUGAUGAUUUUAAAAUAUUAGCCUUGUUCUGGUGUAUCUAAUGAGGCAGUAAAGAUAAUGUUCGUUAAGUGGCUUCCUUCUCAUUUGCUAGUAAGAUGCUGUGUCAUGUCAGUAAUGUUUUGGCUGAAAGGUUGGUAAGUUACACCCACUCAAAAACUUCUUGGUUAGCAAGAUUUCCUUUCUGACAAAUUUAUGCUAGCAAGACGAUAUUUAAAAAUUAGGCUUUUCAUCCCAUUCAGAGUAAGAUGACUUCACAGAUUCUAGUAGAAAAAGUAAACAAGUAAACAGAAGUAAAAAAAAAUUAUGAUCUUCAAAGAUGGGGAUAAUAAAGGUUUUGUUAUGUUAAUGAAAUUAUUAGAACUAAUUAUAGUGAUUACAUCAUCCCCCAUCUGAGGAAAAUUUGUAAUGUUUGGAUAUGUUCAGAGAGUGUCCAUGUUUGCAACAGGCAUCGCAUAGAGCCAUAGAGCAUAGAAUCCUACCUCUUACUUAACAAAGCUUUGUGAAUCUCUUCCCUAUGUCAUCCAUUUUGUGGUUAUUGUAAGACACUUUGCAUGUUCAGUUUAUGCUUUUGUUUUUAAUUCUGUUGAAAUGCAGUCUUGCCCAAAGUUUGAUAUGAAAUUCAUGAUAUAUUUUGAAGGGAUGGGGAAAGGUGUCAGUGGUCCAACGUUGUCUCAAAUUUUGAGGAGUGCAGCAAAUGUCUUAGAUCCAAAAUUUUUAUUAUAAUAGUAAAGGUAACUUUAUAACUUUUAUAGUGCACAUCACAGUAAUUAAUGACACAGUUAAUGAUGUAAAAUGGAGAACAAGACUUUAACUGCAAGUUGUUGGUAAAGAGUGAUCACUGCAGAUUAAAAUGUGGAGACAUGUUGGAAAAUCUGCAGUAACCACAAGUUAGACUAGAAGAAUUUCGAUCAGUCACAUAGUCAACAGCCAUCAGAAGGUGAUCAGUUAAUACACUGAGAUCACUGCAGUGAAAACCAUAACUAAAGUGAACAAAGUAAACAAGACCAGUCAGCUGGCAGUGUUGUUAAGCAUAGAAUAAUAAAUCUAACAUCACUGCAAAAAAGAAGAGAGUAGAAAAAUGCAGCUGAGGUCAAAUACAGACAAAGAUCCAUUACUAAUGUCCAGAUCAAAACAGUUCCAAACGCAGAAUAAAAAUAACAGAGUUCAUCCCCUCAGCCUGUUAGAAAAUAAUUUUGUGCAUUCAUUAUCAUCAUUUUCAUAGCUUACACCAGUGGUUCUCAAAGUGUGGUCCACGGACCACUUGUGGGCCACACGCAUAAGUCAGGUGGUCCGCGGAUGACAGUCAUCAUAUGUCAGCAAAGUGAUGUUUAUCACCUUAAUAUAUCAUCAAAAACAAUUACAUUCAUCGCAUUAAAAUCGUAAUAAUAACUUUGCAAAGUAUGUAAUUUUAUGUAAACUUCUUACUAUACUACUGUCACAAAAGUACAUCUAGCUUUGAAUUGUAAUGAAACAAAUGCGGCAAUUUAAAUUUGAAGUUAAUGGUACAGAGUGAUAUUAGGCCUUGGUGGUCAGCCAUAUGUUUUUAUUUUAGUAAAGUGGUCCGCGGUCCGAAAUACUUUGAGAACCACUUACACCACCAACUGCCAGGAGUGAAGAUUCCUUGUCAUUCAAGUGUGAAGACGUCAUAAGCUUUAAUAUAAAGCUGUUAAGCAGCAUACUUUUCUUUUUUCUCUUAAAAUAGCUAAUGUACCUUUUAUAACACUACUGUUGAAAAUACAGCUGAAGGCAAAAGAGUUGUGUUUAAUGAUGGAUAGUAAAUACAUGAUAUUAGUGAUGUGAAAUGAUGGCUAAAAUGAAUAAAAGCACAAUGAGCAUUA